AUGGGUGCCGGGGGGUCUAAGGCGCUCGAGCCGGUGGUUUGGCUCUUCAAGAAGCCCGAUGCGCAUCGGAGCGAGGAUGCUUCCACGUCGGACAAUCCCUGGGACGCGCUCACGGACGAGCAGAUGGAGGCUCUGUCCGAUGAGGAGCUCGACGCGUUGCUGAGUGCUUCGGACGAGGACGAGGACGACGACGACGACGCGGACGAAGACGAGACGAGCGAUGCCGACACGGUGAUCACCACACCCGCAUCAUCCACGUCUAGGGCGGCAUCCACCCCGACGCCCGCGCCGAAAAAGCCCAAGGCGACGAAGAAGGCGAAGGCGCCCAAGGGAGACGGCCCGAUCGCGAUCGCGCUCGGCGCCAUCGGCGGGGCCAAGGAUGCGGUCGCGUCCACCGCGCGCCGCGCCGUCACCGCCGCGUCCACCGCGAUGCGACGACGCGUCGAGGCCAUCGCGACGACCCCAAAGAACGAACUCGCCGCGCGAAUCGCGCUCGCGAGCCUCAAGGGCGUCCGGGGCGCGGCGCUCCACGCCGUCGCCACGAGCUUCGCGGGAUGUUACCUCCCGAGGCUCACGACGGCGGUGAAAGCCGCGGCGACGGCGUCCGUCGCCGCGCCCCUCCUCCGCCGCGCCGGCGUCGGAUCCAAGCUCGCGGCGAUCGUCCCGGGCACCUCACUCGAGUCGGUCGGGUACGUUCUCGAGCUCGUCUCGCCCAUCUCCCCGGACGUGGUGACGGAUGUCGCGGUUCGAGCGGCUCCCGCCGUCGCCGGUUUAACACAGCUGGCGCGUCGCUUUGCUCGCUCGCACGUCAGGUACCUCGUCGUCCGUUCGGUGCUCCGCGCAGUGGCGCGCGAGAAGACGCGGCGCGCGGAGUACGCCGUUCGCGUCGCGCCGAUCGUCGCGGCGUACGGGGUUAAGAAGCCGUUGAUCAAGCGUAAGAAGCUUCCGUCGCAGAGGGACGCGGCUUGGCUCGCGAUGCACCGGUGGGGCAGCGCGGAGAUGCGACGGGUCAUCGCCGACUUUGGGGGAUUCUACCGCAAGGUUGGGCAGAUCAUGGGCACCGCGCGACAGAUGAUGCCCGAGCCGUACAUAGAGGCCUUCGCCGAGACGAUGGAUAACAAUCCGCCGGUGCCUUUUCCGGUGGUGAAGAGGCUGGUGGAGCGGAGCCUCGGGGCUAAACUUUCGGAACACUUCUCCGACUUUGACGAAAAGCCGCUCGCGACGGCGUCCAUCGCGCAAGUGCACCAAGCGACGCUCGCUAAGAAUAAGAAGAAGGUGGUCGUGAAAGUGAGGAUCGCGGACGUGCGGACGAUGGUAGGGGACGUUCGCUCGAUGCUUCACACCACGCUGGUGAUGAAGCGUCUCGGGUUGGACAACGGCGUCGACUUUCCGACAAUUUUCCGCGCCUACCUCGACGUCAUCGCGGGGGAGUUUGACUUUACCGCCGAGGCGGCGAAGAUCAACGAAUUCCGCGAGCUGUUCGAAACGUACGGACUCGGCGACCGGGUGGCGGUCCCGGUGGUCAUCGAGGACCUGAGCACGUCGGAGGUGCUCGUCAUGGAGAGGGUGAGGGGGGUGAAGCUGCUCUCGGUGCUCAACCGCGCGAGGCAGCGGGGGCGGCGGCCGCUCGUGCCCGCGGCGGCGGCCAAGGUGCACGUGGACGGAGGCAUCGGCUGGGACGGCGUGUUCGACACCAUGUUCAAGUGCUGGUCGGUCAUGUUGCUGCGCCACGGCCACUACCACUCGGAUCCGCACCCCGGCAACUUCAUCGUCGCCAAGGACGGCCGCCUGGCCAUCCUCGACUGGGGCCAGACGCAGGUUGCUCCCGAGGCUUACCGGCUCCACCUCUGCCGACUGGUAGUGUCCAUGGUGGCUGAGGAUUACCCGAAGAUCGCGGAGGAGGUUCGGUUGCACUCGCAGGUGCAGCUGGAGAGACCGACGACGGAGGCUCUCGCGGCGCUGUGCUACGCAUAUUUCGACACCCGGCCGACGCCCCUCGCAGAGGUGAACAUGAUGGACCUGAACAACUCGCCGUUUUUGCGAAACAGGAUCACCCAAAACACCCAGGAGGGUUUCUUCACCAUCCGCAGCGUAUUCUUGCUUCGCGGCAUGAUGGCGACGUGCGGGGUGACCUCGUCGAUGGUGGAGGCGUGGGAGGAGGACGCGCGGGCGGUGCUGAGGGCGAGCGGGGACAGGACGGUGCCCAGCGUCAUUCGUAGCCGGUCGCGGCGGAUGCUGACGCGGACCUGGCUCAGCCUGCAAAAGUCCCUCAACGUGGGCGCGGGUGCGAGGCUCAACACGCUGGAAGCGGGGCGGGAGGGCACGGGAAGAUCCCCGUAG